UCAAAAAAUCAUAUAUUAGUUAUUGAAUGAAAUUCUUUUGGUGCAUGAUAGUGCAAAAUUUAACUCGAAAAAAUUUUAGAUUAAGGAAUGGAUAGGACUUAAAGGGUUAAAUUGAGGAAUCAAACUACUCAUAACCAAGAACUACAGGAGGUAAUUUCUCAACAUCUAAUCUCUGUCUUCCAAAGGUAAAAUUAAUUCACAACAAAGCAGAAACCUUUUAGAGUCGACGAACUAACAUUCACCAACUUCUUACUUUUAUUAGCCAAUAUACAUCUCUGGGUAGGGUGAUUAUAGGCUGCUAAGUCAUGAAGCAAUAUCUAAUUCAGGUCAAAGUGGAGGGCUUGUUGACUUGCCGAUAAAAAAUGAAUUCCACGUUGGAUUUCAUUCGCAAUCUGAUUAUUAGGUAAUGUUGGCAGCAACCACUGAUUAAAACAAAGAACAUCAACGGUCAAGGAUUCAAAUUAAGACAUAUGCGUGUCGUCUCAUCUUUGUUUCACAUUCUUUCCUUGAUCAGCUCAUUUACCCACGUUGCCGAAUUCUCUUGACUUUUUUAAUUAUUUUUAUGAAUGGAUUGUUAUUCAUGUUUCACCUAAUCACUUGUUCACUGUUAUUCUUUGUCUUCUUGAUGAAACAAGGAAAUAUAUGAGAAUUUUCUUUGGGGUUAUAUAAAUUUUAUUAUUGCUCAACUCUUUGAAUUGGAAAAUCUCUAGCGGUUUGUCUUUUCAUGAAAGAGGAAAAGUCUAAGUCAAUAAAUAAGAACAUAGAAGCUUUUCUCGUUUAGAGAGAAUUGAACAGUGGUCCGGUUAAAGUGACAACAAUGAUUAAGAAGGAAAUUACAGCAAUCAAGCAGGUUGUUCAUCAUGGUGAGCUUGUAAAAUUAGCAAAAUCAAGAAAAGAUUUAGUCGCAAUCCAUGUGUUUUCAGACUCAGACCUUCCUUUGCUAAGAGCCUGGAUGACAAAGGAUUGCAGGAGAAAUCGCAGGGACUUGGCUAUAGUCAAAAAGAGUAAUCUUAGCAGUCCAAUUUCACAAACAAGGUCAACCCGAAAGGUUCUAAAGAAAAUAGCCAAGCGUUUGGCAGCCAUGGCUGUAUUUAUGGGAAGAGACACAGAGGAGGCUCUCGGGAGGUGGAUGUCAUACGCCAGCUACAGUUUAAAUAAACUGCCACCAAUUAGGGCUUUUCUGGCUGUCCACAAGGGAAAUAUCAUCAUGGAAAUAUUUCCCGUUCACCAUUUAGAAGGUUCAAAUUUGAGACUUGAGUCGUAUCUCAAUAUAAAUAGUGCUAGAUUGAGACAUGCAGAUCAGGAACCAGAGUCCGAAGAAGCAGAAUCUCCUGCAUGUGGGGCUACCUUAGAUAUAGCAAGGUAUUAUAUCCGAGGCCUGAAAGAUAGAAAUUCUAGUCCUAAUCAUAACCACAAGGCUAUUCUCUUGAAUUCUAUAUCUCUAAUUCGAAGAGAACUGCCAGAACCAAAUCUUGGCUGGCCUUUGCUUCCAAGAAAAUCUUCUACAAAUAAAGAGUUUGAGAAACCUGAUGCUAGAGAUAUAUCCGUUGUGGAAUGGGUAAUGAGCCUGCCUAAUCGAGUUACCACAGUUGUCAACCAGGUUGAUUUGCAUUCAAAUCAAACCAGCGUCUAUUCGGAAACAAAUAUUAAUGACUCUACUUUUAACGGUUGCAAGACUGAAGAAGCAAUUCACAGCCCCGAAGCGCGACCAGUAAUUAACGACGAUAGAAAUUCAAGAGAUGAAAAUUAUGAGCUUGAAUAUAAUGCGGAAGUUUCAGUUUCUUCGAACACGAAAGAUUUGGAAUCAAAUUCAAAGCCAGGUUGGCCUCUUCUCCGCAUUACAGUUUCCACUACUUCAGAUUCUUCUUCAGAAUAUGAAGCUAUAAAAAUGCCAAUUGGUGAUGGAUUAAUGAACGCACCUAUUCAAUCAACAGUCGAACUUCCACCUUCCAAAAUUGCAUCAGUAUCCAUUGAAGUGGAAAACCCUUUCCAAAUAGAAGAUUAUCUACCAGCAAUAAGAAAGAUGCCCACCAACUUGGGACUUCGUUGCAAGCAGUUCAGUCUCAGGGAGCUUAAGCAAGCAACUUUAGGAUUCUCUCCAGAAAACUUGAUUGGAGAGGGAGGAUGCAGCAAUGUAUACAAAGGGUAUCUUCCAGGUGGCAAGCCAGUGGCCGUUAAAAUUCUAAAAUCAUACAAAGAAGCUUGGAGUGACUUCUCCUUGGAAGUAGAUAUUAUUUCUUCACUGAAACACAAGCAUAUCACGCCAUUAAUUGGAGUUUGUGUUGAAGAAGACCAUCUCAUCUCAGUCUAUGACUUCUUUCCCAGAGGGAGCUUAGAGGAAAUUCUCCAUGGUCAAAGCAAGAAAUCUAUAUUGCCAUGGGGUGUCAGGUUAGAAGUGGCCACGGCAAUUGCCGAGGCUCUAAAUUACCUGCAUAAUGAAUGUUCUCCACCCGUUAUCCACAGAGAUGUAAAAUCGUCCAACGUUCUUCUCUCUGAUGAUUUUCAGCCACAGUUAUCUGAUUUUGGGCUUGCCAUCUGGGGACCAAUGGAUUCAACUUACACGAUUGAGAGCAAUGUUGUAGGAACUUUUGGGUAUGUAGCUCCUGAGUAUUUCAUGGAAGGAAGGGUUAGUGACAAGAUUGAUGUAUACUCCUUCGGCGUUGUGCUUCUAGAAUUGCUAUCAGGAAGGAGGCCAAUUAGUUCAAAGGCACUAGAAGGACAAGAGAGCUUGACCCAGUGGGCUAGGGGAUUAUUAGAAAGAAGGAAUAUCCAAGAAUUACUGGAUCCAGCGUUAGAUGGAGACCUUGAAGUUGCUCAAAUGAAUAGAAUGGUUCUCGCUGCUUCCCUCUGCCUCAACCAAUUGGAUAGACACCGUCCAAAAGUGAGCCAGAUACUAGAAAUAUUGCGAGGAGAGAAGGAACCAACAGAGUGGUAUAAUUUCCAUGGUGCUGAUUUGAAUGUGCCAAACAACCAGGAGGAUGAUGAUGACAUUCACAAACUAUUUACUUAUCUUUCAGUUCCGUUUACAGAUGACGAUUCAACAUCAGCAUGCAGCAAUUAUACCACAUCAAGAUGUAGAGCUGGAAAAGGGCGUCCUUUAAUGCUGAAAGACUACCUUAAGAAAAAGCAGUAUUGACCAAAAUCAAUUCUGUAGUUCCACAGCUUUUUGGUUGCUUAUUCAUUGAGCUGAAGCUUCUUAAGCAAGCCUGAAAAUGUACACGAUUUGAUUUCUUGAUGUAAAUAGCAAUUAUGAUUAUUGGAGUUGUGUACCAUACAAUUUGAAAAUGAAAAUGGAACAUUUUUACUAUUCAAAUGUCAAAAGAAAUGCAGAUUAAUUCUUCUCUUAGUUUCAUUUUUGGAAGAGAGACUUUUGGAGCUGUAUUGGAUAAUUUUACAGUUCUCAUAAACAGCUCAUACUGAAAACCAAGAUUUUCUACUGUGGUUCACAUUAGUAGCUGUUGUUUUUGCUCUUUGAACGAAUUGUGAUUUGACAUUGGAGUUGCUCGCAGGUAUUGCCAUUUCUGUUUGGCCUUUACUUGCUACUUUACUUCGAUUUGUCACCUACGUUCUGUAACAUUCUCUGCUGUAGUUUUAUGCUUUG